AAAUUAAAAGUACCCUUAACCGACGAGCAUGCAUGAAAAGACUGAUAACUGUUGAUGAAGCGAAAAAGGUGUGUAAGAAUCGUAGCAAUUGGCGUUCCAUAGUCUCUGUCUACCCUCAUGGGAGACAGGCGUGAGGUUAUGUAUACUAUAUAUACUACUUAUUAUAUAAAGCUGAAUAGUUUGUUUAUUUGUUCGUUAGAACGCGAUAAUAUCGGGAACUUACUGGUCCAAAUUUGAAUUAUUAUGUUUGUAUUGGAUAGUCCACUUAUCGAGAAAGGUUAUAUAGGCUAUAAAACAUAACACUAUGAUCAAUAGGAGAAAAUUAGAAACAAUAAAAUAUUAAAAUUUAAAUGAAAAUUAAUAUAAAUAUUGUUACCGAGACAUUAAAAACUUACUGCCGUACUCAGAGUCAUUUAAUGGUUACAUAACCCAGUCCUUAGCAAUUGUUUUCCGAACAAAAUCUUUACUAAGGAAUAGUUUAAGUAAUCAUUGAAUAUCUCUGAGUACGGCAGAAAAAAAGUAAAAUAAAGCUCUUUAGACGAUAACAAAAGGUUCAUUGAAGACUGGAGUCCUCAUCGUUGAAAUGAAUUAUGAUCAUUAAUGCCACAACGCGUCCUGGAGAUCGAUUUUUCUACAAGACAGACUCUCUUUCGAUGGGACAAAGCACGUAUCCCUAACUACUGCAACUCCUGUAAUAAACUACACUAUAUAAUUACUAAGAAAAAUGUACUACUGUAAAAGAGCACGUACCAAAUAAAAUAAUAAAACCAUAAUUUACCGAAACGAUUAAUAAAAUGCGUUAGAUUGUUUUGCUAAAAAUUUCGAAUUUAUAACGCGAUUCUUGACCUAAUCUGCAACUGUUCUCACUAUUUAAAGACCUAUAUUAUUACUUAUUUAUUUUUUUGUAGGACUUUUUAGUUUUUAAUUAAAUUAUUUAUUUGUAUUAAGUCCUAACAUGUCAAUUAAUGUUAUUGAUUAUUAAAAUUAAUUUUAUCAGAAACCACACAACAUCAUUCUAAACCUAAUAUCUAUAGACUACCCGAUAGCCAUCAGCUAUGUUCAUCAAUUUGGGACACUUUGCACACAGUACGCGGUAGACUGGCCGAAGUCACGCGGCAGGUUUGUGUGCAAAAUUCUUAAUCACAUCAAUAAAUUCCUGGGAAAUCUUGCAUUAAAUAACGCAAUCACAUAGAAACAAUUCAUUUUCUCCAUAAAUUCAGGACUUCUUAAUCAUUUUUGGCAUCGAAAAAGUUGCAUUUGUGAUAAAAAUGGGCAGGAUUCACCUUUAAAGACACCAUUGCAACUACUAGAUGCAUUCUUAAAAAGUGAUGUCUCAUCGUAAUGAAGUCACGUGUAGAAAAUACUUAACGCGUAGAUAAAAAAUACGUAAUAAGUCGAUAAUUUUUUAUCUGCACACACAAUUUAAAAGUACGAAUACACUGAUUGGAAGUCACUCGCUAUCUGGCACUAACCGAGCGGAGACCUAAUUUACGUUGUAGCGGAGACGCGAACGCAUCGGCCGUCGACAUGUUCGGGUUUAUCAUACAAUUGGUUCUAGUUUUCAUAAUAUCUUGUUUGAGCGUAUUCUAUUUGUUAGUACGAAGUAACUAUGGGUAUUGGAAGAAACGGGGCGUGCCUUACGAAGAACCAAAGUUUGUUUUCGGUAAUCUUUCUUUCCUCAUGAGACGGAGUUUCUGGGAUGUGUUCUACGAUUUGAGUAAAAAGUACAAAAAGCAUGAUUACGUUGGAAUCUUCAUGUCAUGGAAGCCUGCCCUCAUGUUGUUCUCGAAAGAUCUCUCGAAGAAAGUCCUUGUGAAAGACACUGACAGUUUCCAAGAUAGAUACAGCUAUUCUGGAAUGAAGGAUGACCCUUUGGGCUCUUUGAAUUUGUUUUCUAUUAAGAGUCCAAUGUGGGUACAAAUGAGAAAUGAACUGUCACCAAUGUUUACGAGUCUCCGUUUGAAAGGAGUCACAGAGCUUAUGAACAUCAACUCCACGGAACUCGUGCGCAGGGUGCAGAAGGAUUACAUCGACCAGAACAAACCUGUGGACCUUAAGGAACUAUUUUCGAUGUACACAUCGGAUACGGUGGCGUAUACAGUCUUUGGUAUCCGAGUGAGUGUUCUGAAAGAACUUGCCUCCCCCCUCUGGGACAUCACACAGCACAUGGUAAGGUGGACCUUCUGGAGAGGACUGGAAUUCACCCUGGUCUUCUUCUUACCUGCUAUUGCUGAGGUUUUCAGAUUGAAAUUCUUCUCGCAGCCUGCUACAGAGCAUAUUAAGAAGUUAUUCAAUGAAGUAGUAGCACAGAGAAAGAAGACAGGGGAAACGAAUGACAAAGACCUCGUCAAUCAUUUGUUAAAGUUAAAGGCGAACUUGAAACUCCCUGCAGGAUCGGAUGCAGAAUUAGCUGAUAACCUAAUGAUGGCUCAGGUAGCUGUCUUCAUUCUGGGUUCCAUUGAAACUUCAUCAACAACAUUGGCAUACAUGUUAAAUGAGCUGGCUUAUCAUCCUGACGAACAGGAAAAACUGUACCACGAAGUCACAGCAGCAUUAAAAGAGACUGGAAAAGAAAUUUUGCAAUACGACGACUUGAUGAAUGUGAAAUAUCUUACAGCAUGCAUGCAUGAAACGCUAAGAAAGUACCCACCAGUGGCCCACUUGGACAGAGUAUGCAACAAGGCAUACCAGCUGACAGAGAACCUGACCAUAGAACCUGGCACUCCAGUCUACGUGAACGUGGUGGCCAUCCAUCACAACGAGGACUACUACCCGGAACCUGAGGAGUGGAAGCCCGAGAGGUUCAUCAACUCCACCGACAGUGACAACCAUGACUUCACAUUCCUGCCAUUCGGUGAAGGCCCCAGGUUUUGCAUAGGUAAACGCUACGGUAUGAUGCAAAUACGGACAGCAAUCGCCCAGUUGAUAACUAAAUACAGAUUUGAGCCCGCUGCGCCCAAAAAUCUGGGGACUGAUCCCUACAGCGUUCUACUGGCACCGAAAAAUGGCGGAAAAGUGAAGUUUGUACCUAGAACAUAAACAUAAUAAUAUCUUACAUAAUUUGUAAUUUGAUUAAUGUGACUUAAUCAAGUAUUUAAUUCGUAUUACCUAAGUUGGUGAUAAAAAGCGAAGUAUUUGAUUGAAUAAAAAUCUUUUGAUAAAA